CCCCGACGGCCACGCCUCCACCCCCGCGGCCGGCACUGGCGGUGGUAGCGUCUCAGUGGUGCGGGCCUGCGUCCUGCUCAGGUGGCCGCAGUGUUGCCGGGCAGCCCGCGUUUCCUGUCAACAUGGGGGACUCCCACAUGGAUGCCAGCGCCACCGUAUCUGAGAGUGUGGCCGAAGAAGUGUCUCUUCUCAGCAUGACGGACAUGAUUCUGUUUUCCCUCAUUGUGGGCCUCCUGACCUAUUGGUUCUUCCUCAGAAAGAAAAAAGACGAAGUCCCAGAGUUCACCAAAAUUCAACCAGUGACUUCCUCUGUCAAAGACAGCAGCUUUGUGGAGAAGAUGAAGAAGACGGGCAGGAACAUCAUCGUGUUCUACGGCUCCCAGACGGGGACAGCGGAGGAGUUUGCCAACCGCUUGUCCAAGGACGCCCACCGCUACGGGAUGCGGGGCAUGGCUGCAGACCCCGAGGAGUAUGACUUGGCCGACCUGGGCAGCCUGCCAGACAUCGAGAACUCCCUGGCCGUGUUCUGCAUGGCCACCUAUGGUGAGGGGGACCCCACGGACAACGCCCAGGACUUCUACGACUGGCUCCAGGAGACUGACUUGGACCUCACUGGAGUCAAAUAUGCGGUGUUUGGUCUUGGGAACAAGACCUAUGAGCACUUCAAUGCCAUGGGCAAGUACGUGGACAAGCGGCUGGAGCAGCUCGGCGCCCAGCGGAUCUUUGAGCUGGGGAUGGGCGAUGACGAUGGGAACCUGGAGGAGGACUUCCUGACGUGGCGUGAGCAGUUCUGGCCGGCCGUGUGCGAGCACUUCGGGGUGGAAGCCACCGGAGAGGAGUGCAGCAUUCGCCAGUAUGGGCUGGUGGUCCACCCAGACAUAGACCCGGCCAAGGUGUACGUGGGAGAGGUGGGCCGUCUGAAGAGCUACGAGAACCAGAAACCCCCCUUCGAUGCCAAGAAUCCCUUCUUGGCUGCUGUCACCGCCAACCGGAAGCUGAACCAGGGAACGGAGCGCCACUUCAUGCACCUGGAAUUAGACAUCUCAGACUCCAAACUCAGGUAUGAAUCUGGGGACCAUGUGGCCAUUUACCCAGCCAAUGACUCUACCCUGGUCAGCCAGCUCGGUGAGAUCCUGGGUGCCGACCUGGACGUCGUCAUGUCCCUGAACAAUCUCGAUGAGGAGUCCAACAAGAAGCACCCCUUCCCCUGCCCCACCUCCUACCGCACGGCCCUCACCUACUACCUGGACAUCACGAACCCGCCUCGCACCAACGUGCUCUACGAGCUGGCCCAGCACGCCUCCGAUCCCUCGGAGCAGGAGCAGUUGCGCAGGAUGGCCUCGUCCUCGGGCGAGGGCAAGGAGCUGUACCUGAGCUGGGUGGUGGAGGCCCGGAGGCACAUCCUGGCCAUCCUGCAGGACUACCCGUCCCUGCGGCCCCCCAUCGACCACCUGUGCGAGCUGCUGCCCCGGCUCCAGGCCCGCUACUACUCCAUCGCCUCGUCCUCCAAGGUCCACCCCAACUCCGUGCACAUCUGUGCGGUGGCCGUGGAGUACAAAACCAAGUCCGGCCGCAUCAACAAAGGUGUGGCCACCAGCUGGCUGCGGGCCAAGGAGCCCACUGGGGAGAACGGCCGCCGGGCCCUGGUGCCCAUGUUCGUGCGCAAGUCCCAGUUCCGCCUGCCCUUCAAGGCCACCACGCCGGUCAUCCUGGUGGGCCCUGGCACCGGGGUGGCCCCGUUCAUUGGCUUCAUCCAGGAGCGGGCCUGGCUGCGGCAGCAGGGCAAAGAGGUGGGGGAGACGCUGCUCUACUAUGGCUGCCGCCGCUCGGACGAAGACUACCUGUACCGUGAGGAGCUGGCUGGGCUCCACCAGGACGGCUUCCUCACCCAGCUCAACGUGGCCUUCUCCCGGGAGCAGCCCCACAAGGUCUACGUGCAGCACUUACUGAAGAGGGACAAGGAGCACCUGUGGCAGCUGAUCCACGAGGGCGGCGCCCACAUCUACGUCUGUGGGGACGCUCGGAACAUGGCAAGGGACGUGCAGAACGCCUUCUACGACAUCGUGGCCGACGGGGGGCCCAUGGAACACGCCCAGGCCGUGGACUACAUCAAGAAGCUGAUGACCAAGGGCCGCUACUCCCUGGACGUGUGGAGCUAG